GCCAACCGUAUGUUGUUUGGUGUAUAUUGAUAUGUACUACCUGUCGGCUUACCGUAGUUCGUAUCUUGUUACCAUCGAGAUCUCCGAACGGCACGCCCAGGGGUGCGUCCAGGAUGUCUGGGAACCUGUCGUCAGAAGGCCGGGGAAGAAUCCUGCUUUACAGACCAAUACCUAGCAAAUCUAUCGUAAAUCGUCUUCCAGCAUCUAUGUAUUAGGGCCCCGCAUAGGAGUAGAGAUGAUAACAUCGUUUGUGGCUGACUCCGUCACAAGUUAUACCGUCGUCAUUAGUUGGGUGUCCCCUACUGAUGACGUUAAAGCUCGGCUAUCGUUCUGAUAUCGUGACGUCGGCCGCAAUCUAUCGAAUGGCCUUUCAGCAGUCAAGAUCUCGAGAGCGCGUCCCGUCGUGUAUCGGUACAGCUGGUGGACGAGGUGGCCAUCUCUCUUCUAAAGCAAUGACGUAGAUGUUAAUUCUCGAGGCUUCACAUCUUUUAAGAUGCUGUGUCGUAGUCUUCCACUCAUAAAAAGACCGGAGCCUUCCUGUUCUAUAGGCCCUGACGCUUCAAAUCGUAUGAAUGUCACCCGAGAAUAUACCUAGUAACAGUCAACUUUCACCCCAAGCACAACAGAGCCUGAGAAUAGUGACAACAACAAUCCAAUAUAUCGUUACAGACGCAAACCCAGUAGCAGCAUUCGUUCAUCCUGCGGCUAUGUCGAGAGUCGGCGGAACAGCUCGCGGCCUAGGAAGUCCCCUAGAAGUCGCCCCGGAAAAUAUUCCUGCCCGGGAAUCACCCUCGCCAGCUUCGGUCCCGCGGUCUAUACCGGCUCAAUCGACCGGGUCAAACGCGAACGAUGGUGAGGGCGAAAUGGUACCGGCAGCCGGUCGCAUUAACGAGGAAGGCCAGGUUAUCGACGAUGACGGUGACGCUAUCGGCAAGGUCGUGGAAGGGGACGCCACCAAGUUCACAAACUUCGUCGUUACGCAGGAAGGAGACAUAUUAGACGAGGACGGUGGCGUGGUCGGCAAGGCCGAACCUUUGGAAGGCGUUGCCUCCGAUUUCAACUACACUAUCAAGUCUGGGAGGGAUAUAGGUACACAGCCUGAUCAAGCCGGCAAACAAGAGGGGUCCGCUGAAGGGGGCGACGAAGGCGGACUGUUGUCUGGAGUCGCUGGAACCGCAAAGUCGGCCCUUGGCGGUGCCGCCAGCAGUCUAGGCCAGACCGGCAAGCAUGUAACAGGAGCUGUAGGCGAUGUCAGCGAAGGAAUCCAGGAUGUCGCCGGAGAGUCGGACGCGGCCAAGGAUACUGCUGCUGCCUCUAGCAAUGCAGCCCGAGGUGCAGCAGGGACGGCUGGGGACGCCCCCGUAGGAGCAACCGAAGCUCUUGGGGACGCCGAACAGCCUAUAACAGAGGCGGCGGGAACCAACGUUCCAGAUACCGAACGUGCUGCCGAGGCCCCAGGUAAGACGGUGGAGGGCGCUAUUCGGAGCGCUCGAGAAGCCGCUCCCGACGGACACUCUACUCGAAUAGAGGGUAGUAGAGCGGAAGACGACCUAGACAUAGGAUCUAAGGUUCGCUCAAAAUCCGACCUAGUGUCCAAAGCCGACGACCUCACAAAACAAGGACCCGGCCCUGUAGAAAUACCACCGCUAUCGCCUUCCGUGGCGAAUAAGGUUGUCGCCUUGUUCGAAGGACCGUUUACGGUUGCGGAUGGCGGCAAGGUCACAGACCAGAACGGGAGGGUGAUAGGGAGGCUGGCAGCGGGUUCAGAUAUUCAGGACUUGGUCGGCAAGGAGGUCACGGGGAUCGACGGCGAGGGAAAUCUUCGAGGCGCCGGCGAUGCAAUCAUCGGAAAAGUCGACAUCGCUCCAGAGGGUUCAAUCGCCGAACGUAUAAAGCAAGAAAUCCCCGAAGCGGCCAGUCGUCUCAAUGCUCUGGAGCAAAGAGCCCAAGGGGCUGCCCAAAUCCAAAUCCCCUCCUUUGCACCAUCCGCGGCCGAAAAGGUCAUCGCCAUGUUCGAGGGCCCUUUCAAUGUCGACAAGGAUGGCCAGGUCACAGAUCAGAAGGGGAAGAUCCUAGGAAAAUUAGCCGAGGGGCAGGGCUAUGAGCAUUUGGUUGGUAAGGAUAUCAAGGGAAUUGAUGAGAAAGGCAACUUGAUGGGAGAUAAUGGUACGGCCCUUGGUAAGGUCGAUCUUAUCCCCGAGGGUACGAUCGUUGAGCGAAUUAAGGACGAGGUUCCGGGGGCAGUGGAACGACUAGAUGCCCUCGAAGCGGCGAGGCAGCAAGUCGAGGGCCAAGCCCAGCUGCCUGACAUCGCCAUCCUCCAGGGUAAGAGGAUAAACAAGGGUGGUAACGUUGUUGACGACAAGGGCAACCCGAUUGGGAGAGUAAAGAGCGGAGAUAUCAAGAAGCUCGCCGGGAAAAUGCCCGACAAGAACGGCAAGGUCUGGGAUAACCAGGGGAACAUCAUUGGAGAGGUCGAAGUUCUCCCCGAAGUCAUCGAGAACGUGGCGUCGCCUUUCGAGGAUUUCCCUGAUGCCACCGUCGACAAAGCCGGGAAGGUUAUCUACGACGGGCGCCAGGUUGGAGUCGUCGUCGGCGACAAUUUCCAGGAUCUAAUCGGCAAGAAAGUCGACGCUGAGGGCGACAUCCUCGAUAAGAACGGGAACGUCAUCGGUCGUGCAGAGCGCGCCGAGGCCGAGGAGCCCAUUGUGUCAGAGGAGGAACCCAUCGAUUACACGGUGCUCCGCGAUAAGAAGGUCAACAAGUUGGGCAACGUCGUGGAUGACAAGGGUCAAGUUUGGGGCCAUGUCGUCGAAGGCAUCGUCAAGCAUCUUGUUGGCAAGAAGGUCGGCGACCAGGGCAAGAUCUUUAGUGACGCUGGCCAUGUCAUUGGCCAAGCCGAGCCCAUCCCCGAGGGCGAACGGGUGGAUGCCAAAGAACCCGCGCCAUUCGAAGACUUCCCCGACGCUGUUGUCGGCGAUCAGGGCAAAGUUAUGUCAGGUGGGGAGCAAGUGGGCAUAGUGGUCGAAGGCGACCCCAAGAAGCUGAAGGGAAAGCCCGUGGACGCUGACGGGGAUAUCAUCGACAAGGCGGGUAACCAGCUGGGCCGCGCGGAGCGCUGGGAAGAAGAAGAGCUUGAACCCGAACCCGAGGUCGACAUGUCGGCGCUCGCCGGCAAGCGUAUCAACAAGGCCGGCAACGCCGUCGACAGGCAGGGCGACAUCUACGGCCGCGUAAUCGAGGGCGAUAUUAAGCGACUAAUCGGCAAGAUGUGCGACAAAAAUGGGUUUAUCCGCAACGAAGGAGGCGACAUUAUCGGUAAAUGUGAGCUCAUUCCCGAAGCUGAGAGGGAGGGCAUGAAGGAAGGGCCCUUCACGGAGCUUCCGGGCUGCACGGUCACCAAAGAAGGCAAAGUAGUGACGCCUGGCGGCGAUGUUGUCGGGCGGCUUGUCGCCGGCGACCCCAAAGUUCUCUUCGGCCGCGCGGUGGACGACGACGGCGACAUAUGCGACAAGAACGGCAAUGUUCUCGGACACGCGGAGCGCUGGGAGGAAGAGCCAGUUCCAAAGGACGUCAACCCCAUGUCCGGCCGGAGGGUCAACCGUGAGGGCAAUGUGGUCGACGAGAACGGCGACCUCAUGGGUAAGCUCACCUCUGGCGUUCUGAGCCAGUGCGCGGGUAAAAAGAUCGACGAUGACGGUGACGUCGUCGACGGCAAAGGGAACGUCUUGGGCCAUUGCUCGCUGCUCGUCGAAAUUCCUGAAGAGCCCGAACCGGAGCCGGAGCCGGAGCCGGAGCCUGAGACCGAGACCGAGGAGGAGAGGGAAGCACGACUCCAGUUGGAACAGGAUCGAAAGAUUGCUGGCCAGAUCGCCGCUUGCAUCGACCUAUCUCUCGACAAGAUCAAGCCUAUCGUUUAACCCCGCGCCGCAGAGAAUCGACGCAGAAGAGCGCAAGCCGGAAGAGGAGCGGGACGAGGAGGAGCUGGUCAAGCAAGUGCGGCCGCUGAUCGAGGAGGGCGGCAAGAUCCUGACGGAGGCCAACGGGGUGAUCCGCGGGCUCGACCCGGACGGGCGCAUCUCGGCGAACGCCAAACACAAGACGGCGGCGCGCGAGGCGACGCCGGAGGAGUACCGGCUCGCGGAGCUGCUCAAGGAGCUCACGGGCACGGUGACGGAGACGAUCGAGGGCGCCAAGCGCAAGCUCGAGAACCUGCCCCGCGCCAAGAAGGGCAUCAA